CUAGUUCUUGCCCUGCGCCUUGACCCGCACCCACCGUUGUCGCCAGGAGAUGCAGAAGGGACAAAUAUGGAGCAGACCCGUUUGCAGCGAUCUCCCUUCAAACGCGGUGUGAUUUCACUCCAAUACAUUUCAAUUAUUUGAUCAUGAUUUCUAGGAUCUGGAUGGUGAAACUGAUUCAUCGAGAAACCAUAGGACAUCUUAGAUCUGUUUUAGCUACCCGUCAUUAUUUAGUUGAUCAAUAUCGCAACUUUAACUGUGAUUCUUUGAGUAAAGAUGGUGAUGAAAGUUCAUCUCUAGACAUUGAUGCUCAUAAGGUCCAAAAGAUCCUCAAAGUCCAAGAAAACUACCCAUAUGAAGAUAUCGAGCGUAUGUUGGAACAAUCCGACUUAUUGCUUACUGAAGAGUUAGUUUUGAAUGUGCUUCGACUCCACCGAUCCGAUUGGGCAUCUUCUUAUACAUUCUUUAGAUGGGUAUCGAACAAAAGAAACAAAAUUCGGUACUCUCCCGGUUCUGUCGUUUACAAUGAAAUUCUAGACAUUCUCGGCCGAAUGAAGCGAUUUAGUGAGUUGAACCAAGUGUUUGAUGAAAUGUCCGAGAUAGGUCUCUUAAACGAGAAAGCAUAUGGCAUAGUAGUGAACCGUUAUUCAGCUGCCCACAUGGUGGAGGAAGCGACUCAAACUUUCUACAAGAGAAAACAACUUGGGCUUAAACUCGAUCUCAUCUCCUUUCAAACACUCCUGAUUUCCCUUUGUAGGUACAAGCAUGUAGACGCUGCCGAGUUCCUUUUCCAUUCGAAGCAAAAUGAGUUCAAUCCACCCGAAAUCAAGACAAUGAACAUCAUCCUGAACGGUUGGUGCGUCAUGGGUAGUCUUCGCGAGGCCAAACGGUUUUGGAAUGAAAUCAUAACCUCGAAACAAUGCAAACCCGAUGUUUUCACAUAUGGGAUUUUCAUUAACUCGCUAGCAAAAGCUGGGAAAUUGAGCACCGCUGUGAAACUAUUCCAAUCAAUGUUUGAAAAAGGAUGUAACCCUGAUGUGGCUAUAUGCAACUGCAUCAUAGAUGGGCUCUGUUUCAAGAAAAGGAUACCAGAGGCCCUCGAAAUAUUCAACGAAAUGAACGAACGCGGUUGCCUUCCUAAUGUGGCUACCUACAAUUCGCUCGUGAAACAUCUAUGCAAGAUUCGUCGGAUGGAGAAAGUGUUUGAGCUUUUGGACGAGAUGGAGGAGAAGAAGGGGGAUUGUUUGGCGAAUGCCAGAACAUAUGGCUAUUUAUUGAGUUGUUCGAAGAAUCUCGAAGAAGUGAUGCGGGUAUUGGAAAGGAUGAAGAGGGUCGGAUGCAAGAUGACUUCUGACAUUUAUAAUAUGGUGUUGAGAUUGUUCAUGGAAUGGGAUUGUGAAGAAAGAGUUAGGUUUACUUGGAAUGAGAUGGAGAGGGAUGGUGUUGGACAUGAUCAACGUUCUUACACUAUUAUGGUCCAUGGGUUGUUUCAUAAGAAGAAGAUUGAAGAAGCUUUAAAAUAUUACAAAGAGAUGAUGUCAAAAGGGAUGGUGGCUGAGCCAAGGACUAAAUUACUAGUCAAAGCAAUCAACAUUAAUCUUCAAGAUAAAGGGAAGUAACAUUUAUGCUUGCUUGUUCAAAGUUGUAGUUGUAGACAAAUAUUUCUUAUUUUGUAAAAGAAUUUCAUUUGGAGAGAGAUUACAUAUUUAUUUACUAGAUUGUUUUUUAGAUGAGUUUAGGGUUGACAUUUGUGAAAUUAUGUAGUUUGAGUAGUGUGAUCUAUUUGGAAACAAUAGUAAAUUAAAGCUAGAUUUGAAUGAAUAGUAUUUAUAAAUUUAUUUUAAAUA